AUGUUCUCGUCGUCGGCUCGCUUCGUCGCUCGAUCGAACCCGGCCAUCUCUCUCCCGGUUCCGGCUCGUGCCUCCACCGCCGUGAUCGUCACUGCAACAGGUGGCCUGUCGAGUCCCCGUAGCCAGCAACGUCGAUACUCAUCUUCGAAGCCUCCCGUUCCCCCAAGCGACGGCUCCCGGGGCAUCGAUGCUUCGUCACAGUCUCCCACCAAGAGCGUGAACCCGUCGAGCAAGGAGGGUGCCGAGAAGCGCGAGGGGAAAACGGCGAAACGACGAGGUGGCAAAGAUAGCAGCAAUGUCUCCGCCAAAUCGAAGAAUAAUGAGCCCUUCCUAAACCUCCCCAGCGUGCCCUCUACACAGCAUCUUCAUCCUCAUGAUAUCCAUGUUGCAUCCUUCUUCUCAGCGCAUCGACCGAUAUCCGUCACAACCUCCGUACCAUCGAAUUCCAACCCAGACGCCUUUAACGCCAUUUUCUCAUCGAAAAAACCGUCCAAGCCUCGUCCCAACGAUGUCAUAUAUACUCUCUCCUCAGCAGUUAAUUCUAUUGAAGGGGUAUUACCCAGUACCCAAUCCAGUCAAUCUAUAGGAAACAACAAUUUAAGAAAUGCUAUCUCCCAGGGAUCUGCCAAAACCGUCGAACCCGACCACCUAAGCAACGCCGAUGACCUCCCAAUCGAAGACCUCCGUAUCUCCAUCCAGGACUUCGCGAAGAAGCUCCGGCCUUUCAACCCCCCGCCACCCCCAGUUCCCAUGGAAAAUUUCGGCGAACAGGAUAGCGCUACAGAAGCCGAAGCUGCUGAAGCCGCCGAAUCGGAACUCCAUGAAGGCGUGAGGGAACAAAGCUACUCCACCAUCCUCACGAUCACCGAAUCCACACAUGGUGACGGCCGCAAGACCUACGAAGCUCAUAGCUCCCCCCUUGUCCGAAUUGAUAACAAGGACGCUCCGUCAUCCUCCAACUAUGAGGGUGAAAAAGUGAUCCAAGACGAGGGGGGCUCGUUUUCGAUAUCAGAGCCGGAGAUGGAUCAUCACCGACAACAACAUCGCGUGCCGCGCUUGAUGGGGCGGAGAGUCUACUACGCCAUCAGCGUCAAGAGGCAGCGUAAGCUGAAGAUGAAGAAACAUAAACACAAGAAACUGAUGCGGAGAACGAGGAUGUUGAGACGGAAAUUGGAAAAAGCUUAA